AUGAAUUAUAUACCUGCGGAAUUAAAACACUUUGACGAGGUUAAUAUUAAACAUUCUGAUGAAUUAUACAAUGUUACAUGAGAUAAUGUAUAUAUAUAUAUAUAUAUGAUACCUUAGUUAUUUUAGCAGAUUAGUGCAAUAAAUUUAGAAUUUAAGUUAAGCUAUACAUGAUAUAAUAAAUAAUAAUAAUUAUAUUAAACUUUAUUUUAAUAAUUCUAAUAGUUAUAUUGAGUGUAGCUUUUUUAACACUUUUUGAGCGUAAAAUUUUAAGAUAUAUAUACAGUAUCGAAAAGGUCCAAAUAAAUUAUCUUUCAAAGGUCUGAUACAGCCUUUUAGAGAUAUAUUAAAACUUUUAUCGAAGGAAAUAUUCUACUUAAAUUCAAAUAAAAUAUUCGACUACAUAUCUAUAAUAAUAAUAAUACGAACAAUUUCUCAAAUAAUUUCAUUUGAAGUAUUAGUUUACUUGAUCGUAUUUGUUAUUAUAAUGAUAAUUGAAGACUUUAGUUUAAUAAAAAUUAUUAUUUAUCAAGAUAAUGUCAAUUUUUUUAUUUUAAUAUAUCCUCUUUAUUUUAUAUUUAUAUUAAGAAUAUUAAUUGACCUAAAUCGGGUACCAUUUGAUUUAAUUGAGAGAGAGUCUGAAUUAGUAUCAGGAUUUAACCUAGAAUAUUAUAGAAGAUUGUUUACUAUGAUUUUUUUUUGAUCAGAAUAUAUAAAUUUAUUGUUUGUAAGAGUGACUUUAGUAAUUAUAUUUUAUGGAGUUAAAUUAUGA